GGGCAUUGGCAAAUGGCGAUUGCAUUUUUGGUGCUAAACCGCACGACCCACUCGGCCCAUUCCAUACCCCACCUUGCGUACGCGAGCCGAACGCUCGUGGGUACUGCAGCCUCCGUCCCUACCUAGGGUUCCGGCGAUGGCGCACGGCGGCUACCCGCGCCGCGGCGCUGCCGUACGCAGGCCCAAGUCCUCGGCCUCUGCCGCUGUUGCCGACCGCAAGCGGAAGCGGACCGCCGCCGCCGCCAAGACCACCUCCCUUAAGAACCAGAUCCGCUCCACCGAGCGCUUCCUCCGCAAGGACCUUCCGGAUGAGAUUAGGGUUGCUCAAGAGAAGAAACUGGAAGAACUGAAGAGGCAACAAGAGCUUCAGAAUCAACUUGUUGUCCAGCGGACAUUACAGUUUAGAGAUAGAAAGAUAAAAUUCUUUGAGAGACGGAAGAUUGAGAGGAUGAUAAGGCGACUCGAGAAGCAACAACGUUCAAAUGGUGACGGUGUCAACAAUAAUCUGUCAAAAUUGCGAGAAGAUCUUGAAUAUGUUAGAUUCUUCCCUAAGAAUGAGAAAUAUGUCUCGCUGUUCACUGGAGGGAACAGUCAAGAUAUUGUUCAAGAGAGGAAUAAAUGGCGCAAACAGAUCAAGGAGAAUCUCAUGGCUGCUGCAGCAAACGGAAAAGAUUUAGAAGAGACAGCAAGCGACGACGAUACCUUGGAUGUGAGUGAUGAUGACUUCUUUAUGUCUGGAAGUUCAAGUGAUGAAGAGGCUGAUGAUGAGUGGACUGACAAAAGUGCUAAGGAACCAGCAUCCAGUGCUUCAGGUAGGGCAGCAUCUGGCAUGUCAAGUGAUGAAAAGAACCAGCGUCAGAGAGAUGCUCGAGUUCUUAUGCCGCCACCACGCUCAUUAGCCCCAAAUAGAGGCAGACAUGCAGAUAAACGUGCGAUAUCCAGCUCGAGCAGUACUUCAAACAGCACAAGCGGCGAAUCAUUUAAAAAUAGAAGAGUACCAAAUCGCCCCGCGGAUAAUAACAGUAAUCUGAGCUCAAAUUCUGAUGUUCAUAAACCACGGCGCAAAAGGAGGCAUAAGAAGAAAAGAAAGCUGCAGGCAUGAUGAAUAUUCCCAAAGCGCGUGAACUGUGGGGGGUACGGUGGAAAUUCAGAUUCCCAGCGAAGUUUGGACUUUCAGCAUGGCCAAUUUGGAGAAGUUGAAAAAAAAGAAGACACAGCAUGUGCGAUGUGUCUGAGCAAGUUGAUUGAUUCUGUAUCCUCACUCCUAAAUCCUGAUGUAAAACGACUGUACAUCCAUCUGUUCAUGGAUAUCACUUGCGGUGGUCAGAUCUUGCCAGUGUACCGAAUGCGUGUCCGUCAUUUCCGCCGUGAAAUUAUGUAUGCUUUUUUCCCC